AUGAGCGGGGGCAACUAUGUACGAGGUCUCAUCGGCUUCGUCGGCGUCAUGGGAGCAGGCUACGGCAUCAUGAAGUGGACGACGCCGACGGACGAGGAGUUCUACAAUAAACUCUCGCCAGAAUUGAAGAAGCAGGUGGACUCGCAUCGACAGGCGGCAGCGAGGAAAGCAGCUUUCGCAGAGCAGCUCGAGGCGAGUAGCUUCUCAUGGAUCCCAUUCCUCCCCACCAAGAAAGCAAAGCAAUCAGCUGAUGCAGACGCACCCGUAUGGGCAACACAGGCGGCGCAGAAGGCCCGGGACUCUACACCGCCUCAAUAG